CUCAGGUCCUAUCGUCUCUCUGGCUCUGAUCAGUCGUCGUCAAACAAAGUGGUUCAAAGAACUGAAGUUAAACCUUGCUUGAUAUUAUUUCAGUAUCAUGAGUUCGAAUGAUUGUACAGUACAAGUUACAGGCCUAUCUCCUAAUGCAUCAGAGAAGGAUGUUUAUGAUUUCUUUGCUUUCUCAGGCACAAUAGAACACGUUGAAAUCAUCAGAUCUGGAGAUUAUGCUUGUACGGGCUAUGUGACCUUUAAAGAAGCUCGUGCUCUGGAAAUGGCUGUUUUGCUCAGUGGAGCUACAAUUGGAGAUCAACGUGUAUGUAUAACUCGCUGGGGACAGGAUGUGGAUGAAUAUGAUUUUUGGAAUAGACCCUCCUCCUGGAGGCUUGACGAUGAAAAUGGUUCAAGGGACACCCAUGGAGAUCAUUUUGUUUCUACUCCAGGAGAAGCGCUGACAAUGGCUCAGGAAGUAGUCAAGACUAUGCUAUCUAAAGGUUAUGUUCUGGGGAAAGAUGCAUUUAGCAAAGCCAAAGCUCUUGAUGAAUCUCAUCAAGUCUCAGCUACUGCAGCGGUUAAGGUUUCCGAACUCAGCAAAAGACUUGGACUCACUGAUAAGAUUUGUGCAGGAGUGGAGGCUGUUAAAUUGGUGGAUGAGAGGUACAAUGUAUCAGGGACAACCAAAACAGCUGUUUCUGCUACAGGAAGAACAGCAGCAGCUGCUGCGACCACCGUGAUCAACAGUAGUUACUUCUCUAAAGGAGCCCUUUGGGUGUCAGGUGCUCUCUCUCAGGCAGCCAAAGCUGCAGCUGAUUUGGCCAGUCAUGGUAGUAAAAAAUGAAAUCUUAAAGAGUUAAUCCAGAUACAGCCUCGACAUUGUAUAUCAUUAUGUAUAAGUAA